UUUCUGUUUAGCAGUCCUACCUGCGCCGCCUACAGCUGUCGAUCACUGGGUUCGGCUGGAGAUUCCCCGCUGGCACCCAGCGAUCACCAAGGAACACUGACAGGGGAGAGGUCUGUUUGUAAACAAUACAGAACUCUUCCCUGUCAGCACCAGCCUGCUGCUUUGCAUUGCUCUGUAGUGCAGAGCAAUACAAAGCAGAAUGCUUACAAAGUAAAGCAGUUAAUCCUUUGAUCGCCCCAGAUGUUAACCCCUUUCUGCCCAGUGUCAUUAGUACAGUGUCAGUGCUUUUUAUUAGCACAGAUCACUGUAUUAGUGUCACUGGGGAUGUCAGUGGCAGUUAG